CCCCCCGCUGCGAUUUGCCCCCUUGAGCCUUUUAAACCCCCCCAAAGAGGAGGCAGCAAAUCCUAAGUAGAAGUGAGGGCAGAGAGAGGGCAGCGGCGACAGCGAAGAUUACUGGGCAUGCUCAGUUCGGGUGCGCAUGCUCAGUGCAGCGGCGACAGCGAAGGUUACUGGGCAUGCUCAGUUCGGGUGCCCAUGCUCAGUGCAGCGGCGACAGCGAAGGUUACUGGGCAUGCUCAGUUCGGGUGCCCAUGCUCAGUGCAGCCAAAGUAGCGAAUCUGGAGCUGCCCUGGGGGAGCUGCACGAGGACAGUCCUGCCUGACCCCCGCCUGGACACGUGCUGUGUAGAAAGACCCUGAGUUUGAGUUUUUGUGAUCUUGUUUGUAUCCGUCCCACCUUUUCCUUCCCUUCCCUUCCUGCUCCUUUACACCCCUCUCCUGGCCUGUGUAGUUCCUGCUUCCUUCUUUCCUUAUCUUUCUCCUGCUCCACCUCCCGGCCUCUCCUUUCUCUUCACCCCAUUCUGCACCGGUGCAGCUGAUAAGAGGUGGGGCAGGGACUGCCCAUGAUCAGCAAAACCAUUUCUGCUGCAGAGAGAACAGAAGCCCAGAGAUCCCAGCAGCCAUGGCCUCAGCAACUCCGGUACGGGAAAUCCAAGAGGAAACCUACUGUCCCAUCUGCCUGGAAUAUCUGACGGACCCAGUGAUCACAGAGUGUGGGCACAACUUCUGCCGAGACUGCAUCACUCAGCGCUGUGAGACAUGGACAGAGCUGGGCUCUGACCCUUUGUGCUGCCCCAGCUGCAGAGUCCAAAUCCGGAAAGGGUCUCUCCGGAAUAACUAUCAGCUAGGAAAUAGAGUGGAAAAAAUCAAACAACUGGAUUUCAAACCAGGAAAAGAGACUCUGUGUGAGAGACACGGCAAAGCCCUGGAUCUGUUCUGUGAAGAGGACGGGGAAGCCGUGUGUGUGGUUUGUGAGAGAUCCCCCCAGCACAGAUCUCACACGGUGCUGCUCAUGGAUGAUGAUGCCGAGAAAUACAAGGAAAAAAUCCAGGCUCAUUUGAAGACUCUGAGGGAGGAGAGAGAAAAGCUGCUGGAAUCUAAAGUGACUAGAGAGGAGAAAAGCCCGAAGUAUAUGAAACAGAUAGAAAAGAAGAGGCAGCAAAUUGUAGCUGAUUUUCAGCAACUGCACCAAUUCCUGGAGAAACAAGAGGAGCUCCUGCUGGCCCAACUGGAAAAGCUGGAGAAGGAGAUAACGAAGAUACAGAAUGAAAAUAUCACCAAAGUCUCUGAGGAAAUUUCCCAUCUCAGUAACCUGAUCAGUGAGCUGGAGGGGAAGUGUCAGAAGCCAGCAAGUGAAUUCCUGCAGGUGAGACUGAGUUAGAAAUACUCCAGAUCCCAACACAGGGACAGGAGAGCUCCUAAAACAUGGGUACAAGUGUCCAGCAGUCAGAGAUCACAGAGUAACUCCAUGUGUGCAUUAUUGAAAUGUGAAUGACUAUUGUUCAUUGCAAAGUCGCAGACACAUUGGCACUAGAAAU